GUUAGUGGCUGGUUGCUGACGUGGUGAGUCCUGAUUGGUUUUUCUUUGCCAUUUUCUUUCUGGAAGACGGGGUGGGUGCUGUAUGGGAUGGGGAGAGGGAGGUGUGCGGCUUGAUAGAUCUGGAUCUCAAGUCGGGAUCUCGCCAAGUAAGGAAGGAUGCCUCGCCCUCCAUCCGAUCGUGCGUUGGUCAGCAUUCUGCUGGAACGAUUUGCGCCCUUGGCUCGCAAACGAAUAGAGAAUGCUCACUCCCAGGGCCCUGCCGUGAGGGACGGGAGUUUGAGAGGCCCUGCGGAUGCAUACGAGCAAGUGAUAGAUUCCCUUGCCAUUGUCGCUAAGCACACUCCUGUCCCGCUUCUCGAGGCGAUCUUCACGUGGAGAGAUGGGGAGAGGGAGAGGAAGGACCUUGACAGCCAACUGAUGUUGUCUGUUGAGUGUAUAUUCUGUUCCGCGGUGAUACGUGUCGUUAAGAGCUGCCACGAUGGAGACUCCGUGGACGAUUCUAUUUGGACCCAGUUGGAAAGUUUCUGCUUUGAAUCUCUCAUCAACCUGGACCGGGUGUUAAGUCAAGUGGAGAACCCAAGCUCUGGGCCGCAGCGCGGCUAUGUAUUGGAUCUGCUUGCUCAGCUCAUUGGCGCGAUGUCCGUUUGGAGGUUCUCUACGCUGAUGAAGCGGUUCUUCUUUGAGCUGGACAGACGGAAGGCUGAUGCUAGCGGCCAACGUGCGGAAGCUCUUGCAAUCAUCUCGGGAAUGCGGUACUUUCAGCUUGGAACAUCGACGCCAGCAGCUCUCCGUCUGUCAGCACAGUUCCUCAUUGACGCCAAUCCUCUUGCGAGGGUGCCAGCGAAGAAGAAGACAGAGUUGCAGCAUGCAAUGUGCGACAUGCUGGCCAGUAUUCUCUUUCAGUGUGCGGAGAACCUGAAGGGGAAAUGGCCGCCCAAAGGUCAGGACGAGGCACUUGCGAUAUGGUACAGACGCGUUGAGACUGUACGGAAUCACAUAAGCCAGUGGAUGGAGAAACACAGCAAGCAUUACCAGGUAGCAUAUCCAUUGAUAACAGUACUGCUGUGUGUGGGUGAACCGGAUCUGUUCUUGAGGACGAUGGGAGUGUACCUGGAAACGUUGUACAAGCUGUUCAGGGAAAAAAACUACAGGUCCAUGGCGUUGGACUGUAUGCACUGGUUGUUGCGAUUCUACCUUUCGGUUCAUGCCAGCGGUCAACCCUACCAUAUGACAUCCUUGUACCUCCAAGAGAUUGUGCAGCAGUUGCUGUCCAGUCUGAAAGGUGGGCGUCUAACGUUGGAAUCGCAGCAUGACAAAGUGGUGCAGUUCUGCAUAACUGUUGCAGAAAUAGACAUAGAUUUCGCUGUGAAUCACAUGAUCCUGGACUUGCUGCGUAUGGAAAGCCUAGGGGAGCCUAAGGUUAUCGGGCUGAGGGCACUGAUUGCGGUCUUGCAGACAGUUGGAAUAGGAGGAGGAGGAGGAGGAGGAGGAGGAGGAGGAGGAGGAGGAGGAGGAGUAUCAGUGUAUUCACGCUCUUCGCAUGCACGAUGGGGAUCUUCAUGGGGGGGAGGGGAUUAUCAUGCAGAGAGGGGGGGUGCAAUGGGUUUCAGGGCGUCUUAUGGUGGUGGUGGUCCUGGCUCCUCACAGGAUGACAGCAAGAGGCUUUCUCUGUCGGACUCCCCUCGUGCGGCAUUGCCUUCAGCUUCACUCCCUGCCCUUCCCAGUGGAUUAUGCUCCUAUUUGAAUCUCAAUCAUGGCGGACUGCAGCCUUAUCUGCCCAAGAUUCGAAAUCAGCUAACAAUCAUUUUCAAGCAAUGUCAUGCUACGUUCAGCAAGGCCCUUCUCAUCUCCUCCAAGGUGAUCAAUGAGACGAUACCCAAGGAGAAACAGACAGGAUGGCUGGUCUUUAGAUGGACCUUGAAAUGCGUGCCCCAUUUGCUUGACCCGAGCACAGACAGAAAGAUGAUGGACUAUAUCCCGACCUAUGGACUUUGCAUCGAUCCCGGUGUGCGAGAAGAGGCAAUUCAAGUUCUAUUUCGGACGGUACGGCAUCUCCCACACAGUCGUUUUGCAGUUAUGAGAGGCAUGGCCAACUUCAUCUUGCGAAUACCGGAUGACCUUGUCAUGCUGAUCAACGUGUCACUGAGCCGACUUGUUCAGCUGAUGAAUGAAUGGAGGAUUUGCUUAGCGCAAGAGACUGCUAUGCAAGAGAUGGCUAGCGAUUCAAGUCCUUGGAGUGCAAGCAGUGGGGGGGGGGGGGGGGGGGGUGCUGGUGCUGCAGCUGCUGUGCAGUCCUACUCCCUUGCACUUGACCGUGAGAUGUGUGGGCCCCCUGUGAAUGGGUAUGAGGAGGGUGGAGGCCUCUUCGACCCCUCAGGGAUCGACGCAGUGGGCUUGAUCUUCCUCUGCUCGAAAGAUGUCCAGAUUCGACGAAUUGCGAUCGAACUCCUCAGCAGUGUGCGUGCGCUGCAGUAUGACUUGUCCGUUGCUCUCGGACACGUCAGAACAAGCCCGGAGUCUGGGCAGACGUUUGUGAUUGAUGUUUUUGAGGAAGCUGGGGAGGAUAUAGUGCAGCGAUGUUAUUGGGACAUUGGGCGAUGGAGUGAGCUUCGCAGAGAGCAUGAGCCGAUCCCAGGGAACGUGAAUCUUAUGUCGGUGCUUGAAGACGUCGACCGUCUGCGAUGGGCCAGGUGUCUAAACGAGCUCGUGAAGUGCGUCGCCGAACUUUGCCCGGACACUGUGCAAGGGGCAAGGUUUGAAGUCCAAGCACGACUUUCUGCCAUGGUGCAUGCUCAGGACGGAAGCUCACGACUUGGCCAGGGAGCUGACAGUGACAAGCUGGACCAGUGGCACAUCUACUGCAUGUUCGCGUGGGGUUGUCCCAUGGAAGAUGGCCGCGAUCUGCUAAGGCUCACACUGUCCACUGUGAAGACGGGGGCAGACAUCUUUCUGCAGUAUUCUGCAGCGGUGGCGCUCGGGCGCACGCAUCAUAACAUGUAUGAGUCAAUGUUGACCGAAGUCAACACGUACGUCGAGGAGGUCAGCAAGGAGGCAGCUGAUCGGCCCAAAUGGAAGAGCCAGAAGCUGCGGCGCGAAGACUGGAAGUCGUUUGUUGCACAGGUUUACCGUAUGGCCUCGGAGAGCAUUUGGCCCGGCAUGCUGGGGAAAAAGAGGGUGUUGCGAACUCUUUUUCUGAAGUUUAUACAUGACUGUGUGCGGUACAUUUCGACGAGUACGGUGGAUAUGUUUUACGACGUUCAGGCGGUUCGUUACGCGCUUGCGUCAGUCCUGCGCGCCCUGUCGGUGGACCUGUCAAAGUAUUUACCCGACAAGUUUGACACAGUCCUGAGGAAGCAGCUUUUUGAGCUGAUGUGGUCCUGGUGCGAUGAUGCAAACCACGACCACGGUGGGAGCGAAUACCGAAAGGAACUCGAGCGGUAUAAGGCAGCUCAGGCAAUGCGGCUGAAAGACCAGGGCGAAAGACAUGCGAUAGAACGGGAGUUGAACGACCAGGUGGAGUGCAUCCAUUGGGCUGCAUUGCAUGCCAUGGCGGCGCUGCUGGCCGGACCUUGCUUUGACGAUGGCGCUCGGAAGAUGAGUGGCAAGGUCAUGGGUUGGAUAAAUGGUCUUUUCAUGGGAACAACCGAGAGGGUCCCGAUCGGGUUUCCACCCCCCGAUGCCCACAUGCCGUCCCCGCAUGCGCGAGGAGGACUGAGUGGGAAUCUUGAGCACUCGCACAGGAGCCUCAUGGGCAGAGAAACCAAGCGACCGGGCCCGGUGAGGCUGCUGCUUGCCAAAACAGCCCUUCUCAACCUGUUGUUAACUAACAGCGAUCUUUUCAAUCCGUGCAUCAACCAGUGCUACUCCUCCGAUCCUUCCAUCGCAGACGGGUAUUUCUCCGUUCUCGCGGAGGUGUACAUGCGCCAGGACGUUCCCGACUCAGAAAUUGCUGUGAUUCUGAGCUUGAUACUCUACAAGGUUGUUGAUCCUUCAAAGCAAAUCCGCGACGACGCUCUGCAGAUGUUGGAGGCGCUUUCCGAGCGAAAAUGGUCCUCGGAAGGUGAAAGUGGGUGUGGAUCAGAUCGGUACCGGGCUGCAGUGGUCGGAAGCCUGCCGGAUUCGUACCAGCAGUUCCAGUAUCAACUGUCGGCGACGCUAGCAAGAGAGCAUCAAGAACUAAGUGUGUUCCUCUGUGAGGAGAUCAUGCAAAGGCAGCUUGAUGCAGUGGACAUUAUAGCGCAGCACCAGGUGCUUACUUGCAUGGCUCCUUGGAUAGAGAACCUGAACUUUGUGGCGUUAUGGUCAUCGGGAUGGAGCGAGAGGCUGUUGAAGAGCUUGUACUAUGUGACAUGGAAACAUGGCGAUCAGUUUCCAGACGAGAUAGAGAAGCAGUGGAGCACGGUGGCAGCGAAAUGGAGGAACAUAAUUCCUGUUCUCGACUUCUUAAUCACAAAGGGCAUUAACGAGUUUGACUCGAACGCGUUAGGUGAAAUCAAUGGUGGGGCAUUUUCAACAUACUUGUCGAUUGCAAAGCGCAUUUGUUUGUAUCUGGCACGGAUUUCUCCGCAACAGACGAUAGAUCAUCUGAUGUAUCAGGUGGCCAAUCGUAAGCUUGAGGACAGGCCAGAUAUCGUGACGCGGCGGUCAUUUGAGGUGGAGGAGGAGGACCCCAUACUGUUUUCGCAAGGGCAUCCACAAAUGGACUUUCCCAGCCUGCCUCAGUCCUCACCCAUGUAUAGGGGGGGAUCAUUUGAUGGGAUCUCGCGGACCAGUGGUCUGGGAGGAAACAAUUGGCGAACGUCUGCGAGUCGUGGGUUUUCAGGUCUCUUGAAUGGUGGUAUGGCAUCGGUGCGGAGCUCCAGCGGUAGUCUCCGGGCGCACCACAUCUCAAGGGACAGUGGGGAUCUGAAUAUGGACACUCCUCGAUCGACGGAUGAUUUACAAGGAGUGGGAACUCCUAUGGGUAGCCAAACUGGAUAUAUAGGCAUGACGGGUCCGCUGCAUGCUGGGUUUCCAGACCAGCAUCACUGGCUUUCUAGGGCAGACAUAGCUCUUAUUCUACUCACAGAGAUUGCCUACGAGAAUGACGAAGACUUUCGAGGGCAUCUUCCCUUGCUUUUCCACGUCAUGUUUGUGUUGAUGGACAGCUCAGAGGAUAUAGUGUUGGAACACUGCCAGCAACUCCUAGUGAAUUUGCUGUAUUCGCUUGCUGGGCGGCACCUGGAGCUAUACGAUGCUGCUGCAUCUGUCGAGCAUGGAGAUGGCGAAUACAAGCACCAAGUCGUAAGCCUGAUAAAGUACCUGCAGUCGAGGAAAGGGACAAUGAUGUGGGAGAACGAAGACAUGACGCUGCCUCGGCUCACCUUGACAAGUGCAACUCUGCUCGGCUCGUUGGUUUCUAGUGUUGUGGAUGCAAUAUUCUUUCAGGGUGACCUGCGUGAGCGUUGGGGCGACGAGGCCUUGAGAUGGGCGAUGGAGUGUACGUCACGCCACUUGGCAUGUCGGUCGCACCAGAUCUACCGUGCCCUUCAUCCGCCAGUCACGAGCGAUACAUGCGUUUUACUGCUACGAUGCGUACACCGUUGUUUGCAGAAUCCGACACCACCAAUUUUAGGGUUUGUUGUGGAGACUCUGCUCACAUUGCAAGUAGUCGUCGAAGCAAUGGAGCCGGAGAAAGUUAUCCUGUAUCCGCAGAUGUUCUGGGGCUGUGUUGCCAUGCUCCACACGGACUACGUGGAUGUGUACACACAGGUGCUCGAGCUUUUUGCACGUGUGAUAGAUCGUCUCGCCUUCAACGAUUACACGGCAGAAAAUGUCCUUUUGUCGAAUGUGCCGAAAGAGUACGUGAGUCCGGAUCAAGACAGAGGGAGGAGUGAGGUUGACCACAGGAUCAGGACCAUGAUGGGGGACGUGAUGCCGGCUAAGAGAGUAGCAGAGGAAGCCAACGAGGGUGAGCGAGUAACUGACGACGAGGGUACCGCCCAUCAUGCUCUUGGGUUGCGGUAUGUUGCCUUUGAAGGAGUUCAGGCGCUCGUUCUGAAGGGCCUGUUGUCCACUUCCAGUCACUGGGCGGCAGUUGAAGUCCUCUCUCGAAUAGCGCUGCUAUCGUGCGAUAAGAUAUUUGGCAGCUCGGAGACCCGGUUGCUGAUGCACAUGGUGGGUCUGCUUCCAUGGUUGUGUGUGCAGCUGCAAAGUCCAACAUUGAUACUGACAAGAUCUUGCAGUAGCAGUAGCAGUAUAUCUACUGCCGCAGCAGGGACGGCAGGGUGGGGGGGUUCUUACCAGCAGCUCAGGAUUCGUCAGCAGCAGAGUAAGGCAAGGUCAGUUGCAGGCAACAUCUCACAAAUCUGUGCCGAUCGCAGCCUGGAAGACCUCGCAAUUACUUUUGCUAUGUAUGCUGACGGAGCGAUUGGCUCGGUAGAGGAGAUGCUGGACAGGGUGGCGCCGGCCAUCUGCAAGGAGUGGUUUCCUCAACAAGCCUCGUUGGCUUUUUCCUACCUUAUGAGGCUUCUGGAGAAAGGUCCCACCGAAUUCCGCGAAAUUGCGCUGCUAAUGAUCCAUGCAUUGCUGGUGAACUCAGAAGGGGAUGUGGUCAUGGGCCCUCAGCUGGCUAUCUCGGUUGCGCAGCUGGUGCAGGGCCCUCUGUGCAGAGAAGCUGUGCUAGUUUUAGACGCUCUGCUGGACUGCCGCGCUGUGCAUGGGUUGGCAGACAGCAACAGGGAGGACAAAGGCGCUCGUACCCAACGGGUUGGAAGGUCAAAUGGAGUUCUGGGUGGGGGCAGCGGGUGGAUGGGCUGGGCUGCAGCAGGGGAAGUCGAGGAGGAAGCUCCAGAAACAGCGAAUGACCCCGGUGCCGAAUUUCGAAAUGAGAUUAGCUUCCUCUCACUUCCAUCGCGAGAGGAAUCGCAAGAGCAGGUUCUCCUGAUGCUUGGGAAAGUCCUUGAGACAUAUGGUCCUGGGAAAAAACGGGACAAUAGACGAUUGGUGCCGUUUGCGGCACCAACUUUUGGUGGCCCUUUGGGAAGGGAAGAGUCCAAAAAAGGGAAGAGCGAGAAUGUUGAAGACGAACACUGAAUGAACAUCAUAAGCUGCCCACCGCUUGCAUGCUACUGGGUUGAUUCCAACAGGCAGCAUGCAGGCCGGGAUGUGGUGGUUGGAGCCAGCGAUUCUCUUCUCUUUUUGACGAGAAUCCAUGUUGACUCCCUUGGUAUUGUUUCCGACCCACCCCGCAACUCUUGCCAGCCAGUCUUGGACCACCUGUGUGUGUUCCAUUCACUGUGAAUCUCCCUAGCAAGACAGCUUCCUGUCCUCUGAUAAGCAUGGGAAAGCAGUCCGAGGCGGCGAUUCCUAAGGUGCAGGCCUCCCCUUCCACACCGUUGAUGUAAAGCAGCACGGCGAGCGGAAAGGUUGGCGACGAAGCCAGGGAUGCCAUUUUGCGAGCUGUCUGGGGGCAUACCCUUUGCACCCGUCGUGUUGCAAGUUUGCAGAAGGUCGUAAACAUGGGGGGGGGUCGUCAAUGGUAACGCGAAGAGGAAGAGCUGGAUCACAGUGUCAGUGACUGGAUGCAGUUGCAGUCCUCUGGUAGGCAUGGGAAAGCAGUCCGAGGCGGUGAUUCCUAAGGUGCAGGCCUCCCCUUCCACACCAUUGAUGUGAAGCAGCACAGUGAGCGGAAAGGUUGGCCACGAAGCCAGAGCAGGCAUUUUGCGAGCUGUGCGGUGCACACACCCUUUGCACCCACCUUGUUGCAAGUUUGCGGGAGGUCGUAAACAUGGGGGGGUUGUCAGUGGUAAUGCCAAGGGGAAGAGCUGGAUUACAGUGUCAGUGACUGGAUGCAGCUCCCAUAUGUGAAACCCUGCUGAGGUUCUCUGCAUGGGAGGAAGGUUGACAGCAGGCAAGUGCUUCUGUAAAAGGGGGGAAAGUCUGAGAAAUGUGUUACAGUACUUGAAAUGGAGGCGUAGUAGUUUGGCACAAUGGUCGACGUGUUGAUAGGACGCAAUUUGACGUAGAGGACAACAAGAAACAUGGGAAGCACAGAUCGAAUCUGUGGGGGAAUGUAAGGGCUGACGUGUUGAUAGGAUGCAAAGCGAUGUAGAGGGCAACAAGAAAUGUGGGAACCACAGAUCGAAUCUGUAUCUGCGGAGGAAUGUAGGGGCUGUCGGCAUGCGGUUCGACAAGGAGGAGGGCCUGAUGAGUAUCGUGUUGGCGUGAGUUUGGACAAGGAGAAAGUCCGACGGACGUGUUAACGGAACUUGAAUGGAGGCGUAGUAGUUUGACACAACGUUUGAUUUGUUGGUUAAGACACAAAGAGAUGUACUGGACAACAAAAAGAAAGAUGUAGAGGACAAGACGCGUGGGAAGCACAGAUCAAAUCUGUGGAGGAAUGUAAGGGUUGAGAUGGGUUGAGGGGCUGUUGGCGUGUGGUUGGACGAGGAGAGUCUGAGAGACGUGUUACAGAAGUUGAAGGGAGGCGUAGUAGUUUGCGCAAUUUGCACAACGUUUGAUGUUGGUAAGAGAUGCAAUGGGAUGUAGAGGACAAGAACGCGGGAAGCACAGAUCGAAUCUGUGUAGGAAAGGAGCGUUGGGAUGGGUUGAAGCGCUGUGGCAGUGGGCAGGUGAUUGGACGAGGAGAAAGUAUGAGAAGAGUGUUACAGAACUUGAAUGCAGGCAUAGUAAUUUCACACAAUGUUCGAUGUGCCGGUGAGACAGAAAGAGACGUAGAGGACAAGGACAUGGGAAUCACAGGAGAAUCAAAUCUGUCGAGGAAAGUAGGGUCGAGGUGCGUCGAGGAGGGCCUGCGGGCAUGUGGUUGGACGAGGAGAAAGUGUGAGGAGCGUGUUACAGAACUUGAAUGCAGGCAUAGUAAUUUCGCACAAUAUUCGAUGUGUGGGUAAGACGGAAAGAGACGUACAGUACAAGAACGUGGGAAUCACAGGAGAUCGGAUCUGUUGAGGAAAGUUAGGGUCAAGAUGCGAGUCGAGGAGGGGCUGUGGGCAUGUGGUUGGACGAACAGGGAGGCCUUAUGAGCGAGCAUGCAUUUAGCGGGGAAGGGCUUUUUUGGUAUGUGGGAAGAAGAGAGAGUCUGGAGGGCGAGGCAGACAAUGUCGGCAUUUGAGACUUGGCUGACUUCAGCGAGAGAAGCAUUUAGUGUACUGAUCAGGAUGUGUGGAAGCUUGGGAUAGUGUAGGAUAUGGUCCCAUCGUUAACCCUCCCACGCGCCCCUGGCCAGUGUUCACACUUCUUUGAAGCUUAUAUGUUUUGAAAGAUGAUCUGAAAGUUUUGACUUCCUUUUGUGAAGUUAUCACUUCGCUUCCAAGUGGCCCUUGUAUAGGAUGCACACCCGUUUCGGUCAUUGUCCCCAUUUCGCUUCAUCCUGUACUGGAGGCAAUGAAUCUGGAUGAAAUCAAUCCCCACUGCAGCAUACAAGGCUUGGAAAAGAGGUUUGACAGUUAGCUCCCUCCUCAGCUUUAUAUGCUCGCUGUGCAGCUUCAUAACUUCAUAACUUGAAAGCUGCAGUAUAUGUACGUCUUGUCACUCUAGUCAGCCUUCAUAGAUGAAAGCUGUGUAUAGCGUGCUUGUACAGCUCUGCUGCUGUCUUUAAUCGAACUGCCGUGCAACGGAUCGGUAUGGGCCCGACGUGCAGAACGGGCCCGAUGAGGACUUAGUUUUUUUUUUGCUGCCUUUCAAUCAACCGUGGUGGCCACG